CGUUACAAACAAAAUCCGACAAUCAUCAUGCAGGCUGCAAUCGCUGCUCAACUCAAUGGCCGAAGCCCCUCCGAUGUCACCGAGCUCAACUUGGACAACCAUCGCUUCACUGCGAUCGAAGGUUUGACGGAGCAGUUCACCAAGCUGACCAAGCUGUCACUCGCUGCUUGCCAUCUCACGUCGCUGGAGGGAUUUCCCGUCUUGCCCGAGCUCCGCAAGCUGUACCUGAACGACAAUCGCAUUACUGGAGGACUCGACAAGAUCGCUGCAUGCAAAAACCUCGAAGUGAUCGAGCUCGCGAACAACCGCAUCGCAUCGUUUGCUGAGCUGGCUGCGUUGACUCAACUGCCAAAGCUGGAUGUUCUCGAUCUUCUGGAAAACGAGCUGACAAAGGAAGAGGACUACCAUGGUCGCGUGUUCAAGCUCAUUCCUUCUCUCCGCGUGCUCGAUGGCAGCGAUGUUGACAACAACGAGGUCAUUAUUGGCGAGUCUGGCGAUGAGGGCGACGAGGACGAUGACGAGGAAGAAGAGGGCAAUUACAACGGCGAGGACGACGAGGAGGACGACGAGGAGGAUGACGAAGAAGACGACGAUGAUGAGGAUGGCCUUGGUCAGCUCAUCGGCGACGACAUUGAGGAUGAUGCCGAGGACUUUGACCCCAGCGGCCAGAACGACGAAGACGAGGACAUUCCGGAGGAGGAUGACAUUGACACUCCAGUCCGCCCCAAGCGUCCCCACGACGAGGACGACGAAGAUGACACCAAGCGAGCUCGCGUGGAUGCUUAGAGUGGAUACCUCACGCACAGCGAUGGCAUUUGUUGUUUUUUGAAGCGUUGGUCGGUUUGUCGUUUGAGUUUGAUUUCUUCUUUUUGUGGAUUCUCUCAGUCUGUUCCGGAUGGUCGUUUUGCCCGCGCGUGUAUGCUUGCCUGAACGUGGUGUAGCUCGUUGUUUGGGCGAUCAAACGAAAUACAGCAGCGCAACACCCAA